UUCGACGCCUUGCCUUUUAAUCAAUUAAGGGUCCGUUCCCCGGUAACAAUAUUAAGUGACAACUUAGAUAGAUAAAUAUCGUCACAGUCUUAUUUUUUCCCUCGAAAUAACGUCGAAAGUGAAACGCGGUCUUAAAUAAAGAGACUCAGUGAAAAGUACGAUUAAUAAGAUACGGAAACAUCGGACCUUUUAAACUUAAUACCACAAACACAAUUUUUUGUUAUUUAUUUCACAGGGUCGGAUUCAGACACCAUAUACAUCGAAUAUCGCUUGCAUAAACUUAAUUUCCGUUUUAUUAGGAGUGAAAGUGAUAUUUUUGUGUCGAAAUUGUGAGUGAACAAAUACAGGGUUCCAUAUCAACCCCAUUUCGAGAAGUAGCGUCAGUUUUGGACGAUAUCCAAGAUGCCGUACUUAAAAACAACGAGCUCGAUUCCAUCAAUCAACCUCUUAUCAAUCUCCAUAACAGCGAUCCUGACGUAACCGCCAUAUGUUGGGCGGAAUCUCACAUAAUUACCGAAAAUAAACGUACUAAAGAAAAGACAAUAUCAAAAGCAUAUUCGGUAUUGAUAGAUUCACCGGGAAAUCUAGUCGGUAGUCCAGAAGAAAAUCAGAACGUGUCUUGCUUCGAAGUUCUAGAUCAAAAUAAGAAGCCGAAGAAAAUGUUGAACUUUACUACUGUUAAAGAAAAUGAUAAUUACGUUAUCAGAGAACAUAAAACUUUGUUUUGUGGUGCAGGACCCGUGCUAUCUCAACAUUACGUUGUUUGGCCCAAAUUGAAACGGAAACAAAUCGAAAUCAGUAUAAAUCCUUUGGUACAGCACGUUUUGAAGAAUUGUAGUGACAUCGAAGAAGAUAAUCUAUUGGGAAUUAUAGACGAAGAUAGUAUUUUUGAUGACAGAAAUGUCGAAGAUAUAACUGCGGAGCCAUUCGAUAAAGAAGAUAAUACAACGAAGAGUAUCGGUGCCAUGUAUGGAAACGGGGAAUUAACUCGAAGUAUACCCGACGAAAUAAUCGGAGGCGGUGAUCAAAAUGAUGUUGUAGACGUUUUAGAGCCUGCCAAAGAUGGAAACAAUACGGAAUUACCCGAAAAACCGAUAGGAAACAAAAUUAAAAAAUCCUUACUAGCUCGCAACUUCAAUUGUACUUUAGACGGUCUUGGUACUUGUAAGGAAAUAAGGGAUAAAAGCAGAGCUCUUAUAGGUACUUCUAAUAGUACUAAAAUCUCUUUAGGUAAAUGGUUUUUUCCUGACAGCGUUCUGGCAGGUCCUGUUGACGAAAAUCGUUCUUUCGUGUUGAAGGUUCAAAUUCUAGUAAAUAUAAAAAAGCAAAACAACAAUUCCUCUAUAAAAUAUACUGAAGAUGAAAAUUCUACUGUAUUUAUAGUUGAAGAGGAAUGUUUGGUUGUGGUUCAAAAUGAAAAUAAAACGAAAAGAAGUACUUUACAUACCGGUUAUAAUAAAGAGUCUAACCCAAAGAAGAAUUAAGUUUAAUCGCGUAGAUAUGAAUUAAUAUUAACAAUUGUAGUAAAAUAAUUAAAAUGUAAAUAUUUGCAUUGUCGAAUGUUAUUAUCCUACAUAUAAUUAUAAUAAAGUUUUUAAUUUAAA